AUAUCAAGGCACAUUCAAUUAUUUGCCAAGGUUGGAUACAAUAUUGCUUUUCAUAUGGAACAAUAUAAUGCUGGGCAAAUACGAUUAGCAAAUGAUGUUCAAGAAGCAGCCACUACGGUAUGGGCACAUCGACAGAUCCGAUUGCUUGCUGAAAUUGAUACAUUGGGAAGAAGAAGAAGGAACCUCUUGGCUAGGCGACUAUAAUCAUCCAUUUGUGCGGGACGGAAUAAACGGGCUAUCUGAUGAAUCUUGGAAGCAACUAGAUCAAUUAGUUGCCAAUACACGCGCACAAAUUGCAAGAUCAAGAGAGUAUUUGUCAUUACCUGAUCCUGACCCUUAUGUCCAUGAAGAAUUAUUCUUGCAAUGUUUUCGUCCGGAAUUGUUCGAAAUUGCCAAGCUACAACGAUUGUUCAACUUGGUGCCGAAGCCUUCAUUCACCAAGAAGUACAUCAAGAUAAACAAAGCAGUUUGCGAGAUGAUCCUUAGGAUGGCCAAUUUGCAAUCAUACAUUCAAGGUGCCGGGACCGUAGAGAAUAUCAUUGAUCUACGGAAGAUCCGCUAUCAUAACGAAUAUCCUGGAGUAUGUGGAAGAAGUGUCUCUUUUGGCGGAUAUUUUGAAACUGAUGCCUCUGUCGUACUCUGUAGAAAAGUAAUUCAAGAUCAGUCAAAUCGAUCAAAUAUCUUAUUACUAAAAGCAUCUCAAAUUUCCUGACGAUUGUACAAAAUCGGAAAAGCGAUACCUGUUGGAUCAAGACCAUUUGAAAAAUGGGCGUUAGAUGUCAAACAUGUACCCACAUCACAAACCGGUUCACGAUACAUUAUUGCAGCAAUUGAAUACCUCACGAAAUGGGUUGAAGCACGUCCUUUACGAUACCAAACUGCUGCCGAAGUUGCUCUUUCUAUUUACGAAGAAAUCAUCUGUCGACAUGGAUGUCCACACAUCAUCAUCACCGAUAAUGGAAAACCUUUUGUUAGCGAUUUAAUAAAAAAAGGUUUGUUUUCAAUAUACAAUUCAUCACAUCACGAUAUCGAUUGGAAACUCACAAGCCAAUGGACUCAUCGAACGCAUCAAUUCGACAAUCGGUAUGAUUGUAAAAAAAAUCAGCGAAACAGCAAAAA